AUGAUGCUGGUCGACUACUCGAAGGACGCGAAAGGUGAGCCCGCAGCGGACACCAACGACGGAGUCAUGUAUGUGAUUACCGAGGUGGCACAGUACAGCCUUAAGGACCUGAUCGUCGUCGCGCCAGCGAUGAGGUGGCAGGUGGCGGGGAGAGCCGAGCCGGCCCAUCGUGGAGGGCCGAUCGGGUUUCUGACCACCGUGGAUGCCCGGAGGGGCCCUGGGUCUCAGGACAGGGCCGAUGGAAGGCAGAUCUACGUGAAGAGAUUGGUCCAGCAGCUGCUGGAUUCUGGUGCCUUCAGUGUGAUUUCGCUGAACUCUGGGGUCUCCGGCUGCGGGUGGCGAGCACUGGCGUGGCAAAUGGCUUUGGAGCUUUUGAAGCGACACGCAGGGCGUGGGGCUGAGGGGUUGCCCUCCUGGAACGCGGCGGCCAGUGGCCUUGUUGGUGGUCGCACUUGGCGACUGGCGCAAGGGCUGCUGGGUGAGAUGAUGGGAGAUAGCAUCCAAAAGGUUCCUCAAGAUUUCGUAAGAUCCAGUGCAGUGCCAUCCCCCAAAGCCUGGCAUCCCAUGCCUUCCCACUUUGCUGCUCCAGAUGGGCCUCAGCCGGACCUCAUCUCCUUUGGCAGCGUGAUGCGUGGACCUCUCUCCGCCUGGCCAGAAGCCUCGGCACUGCUGGAUGAGGCGUCGAUCGGUGACGAUGCGGACAUCACGUCGAAGCGUUUGGAAGGGAUGAACGACGCGUCGAAGUGCAGAGGAUCCCGCUUUUUUGGGGCAAAUUUUGGAAGAGGUGGAGGAUUUCCUCAGCUGCGCAGCGGUGUCGCCGACAUUUGGAAGACCAAAACGACAAGCAGGCUUCAUUCCUUCGGCUCCAAACGGGAAUCCCGGGAAAGGCAAGAUGGCGCCAGCUUCAACCAGGUGCUCCACUUGUUCACUGGCCUCGACGCCCCGGACGCCGCCACACGCCACGCCGCCAUCAGCGCGGCGGCGAACAGCGCGGCCACGCGGGCAGCAGUGGCACUCGUUGCGCCCGCGGUGGAUGUCGUUGGGGUGACGGCCGCGCUGGGCGACUUGGGUGCUUUGGAUGGUCAGUGGCUUUUGGCCUUCGAAUUACUCCUCGAGCUCCGAGCAGCUCAAGGGCGUUUGGACUCCCAGUGCUGUGGCUCCGCUGUCGGUGCAGUGGGGCGCUGGGAGAUGGCGCUGCAGCUCCUGACGCUUGGGAGGUCUUGGGAGAUUCCUCCAGACCUCAUCUCCUGCAAUCGCGUGCUCUCAGUACUGGAGCAGCAGGACCGAGCAGCAGGGGCGACCACGGCGAUGCCACGGGGAUGUCUCGAUGAGACAGACCUGGUGAGCCUCAAUGAAUUGCUGAGAGCCUUUGAGAAGGCGAGGCAAUGGCAAAAAGCCUUCGAACAGAUGUGCUCCAUGCGGGUGCGGAGGAACGACAUCGACGACAUCAGCUGUGUGGCACUGCUGGGCGCCUGUGAGAAGGUCGCACUGUGGCGCCACGCGCUCCAAGUACUACCACCAGGCGCCAACAUCGCACAGCUCAACACGGCGUUCGCGUCCUGCGAGAAGGGGCGACGCUGGGAAGAGGCGCUUGGGCUGCUGAGGAGCAUGCGAAGGCCGAAUCCGAAGCGAUGCCAUGCUACGGCGGGAGACUCUGAAAAGAUGGGAGAAUUGCCGUACUCGAUCAAGGGUGAUUUCAUUGCAGGUUUGACCGUGGGGUUGAUGUUGGUGCCUCAGUGCUUAGCCUUCGCCUUGCUGGCAGGGCUGCCGAUUCGGGCGGGCUUGUAUUCCUCAUUUGCUCCCCUGGUGAUCUAUGCCUUACUGGGUACCCUCCGACAGCUUCAAGUGGGCCCCACGGCAUUGAUCAGUCUCUUGACCGGUCAGGCCUUGGAUGCAGUGAACUUGUUGGGAGACGACGAGCGCUUGAGUGGGGCAAGCACUUUAGCACUCUUGGUGGGUCUGGUGAGUCUUCUCUUGGGCAUCCUGCGCUUUGGAUUUGUGGUGGACUUCAUGUCCCAUAGUGUCAUGAGUUCCUUUUGCACAGCUUCAGAUUGCAACCGCCUCUCCAGAGCCCUUGGACCGCCUACCAGGCGUGAUCAUCGCUACAUCCCAACUGAAGCAUGUCCUUGGCAUCAAUAUCAAGCGACACAAGUACUGGUGGGAGACUGCAUAUGA